AUGAGACAAUUCCUGAAAUCCUACACAAUUUUUGUGAAUUAUACGCUUUCGAGUGAAUUGCAAACACUCUACGAGUUCUACACAAACGGAGGCAUCGAUUCUGGACUUAAAGGACUGGCCGAUGGAUUCAUUUUAAAUGGCAAACCCAUCACAAUAUUUAGCGGAAGUUUUCACUACUUUCGUGUCCAUCAAAACAAUUGGCGUCCAAUUCUCGAGAAGUUCAAAGCCGCCGGACUUAAUGCUGUCCAAUUCUACUCGCCGUGGAAUCUUCACGAGGAAACUCCGGGACAUUUUGACUUCUCUUCGGGUCUCUUGAAUGUCAGUGACUUUCUGGGGGCUAUCAAAGAGACGGAUAUGUUUGCAAUGUAUAGACCCGGACCCUAUAUCUGUGCCGAAUGGGAGUUCGGAGGACUUCCCGCUUGGCUUUUAAGGGACCCUAACAUGAAAGUCAGAUCCAAUUACAAGCCAUACAUGGAUGCAGUGGACAGCUAUUGGGAACAAUUGUUUGCUGUUAUUAAGGACUACCAGUUCACGACAAACGGCGGGCCAAUAAUUGCCGUUCAGAUGGAGAAUGAGUUUGGAUCGCACGGAAACACUCUUAGAAACAAAGAUCACUUUAAUUAUAUGAAAAAUUUGGGAUCAAUUGCCAGAAAAUACGGAAUCAAAGAAUUAUUGUUCACAUCCGACGGACCUAAAAGACACGGAUCUCUCGACGUAUUUGACUACUUUUUGACAGAAUAUCUGCAAACAAUUAAUUUCAACCGGAAUUCUCUGCAACAUCUUCGGGAUCUCAAGACUUCACGACCCAAUCAGCCCUUAUAUGUGGCCGAGUAUUGGAGCGGUUGGUUCGACAACUGGGGCUCAAAACAUAAUACACAACACAUUGACUAUUAUAGCCGACAAUUGGAUGAAAUCAUAUUUCAAAUGAACUCCUCGUUCAACGCAUACAUGUUUAUCGGCGGAACUAAUUUCGGGUUUAUGGCCGGAAAUGUGGGCAAAAUAGUGAACGGCUCCUCCCUGUCCACUAGUUUUGUUACCAGCUAUGACUACGACGCCCCUCUCACUGAAUCAGGCAAUUAUACGCCUAAAUAUUGGAAAACUAAAGAAUUGAUUGAAAGGUUUAAUACAGAAAGAAAUGCACCGAAACUCAAGCAAUAUUUGCCACCAAAACAUAACAGAGCUGUUAGUUAUGGAGUGAUUGAAAUGACUGAACAAUUGUGUUUAUGUCAUAUUUUAUCAAAUAUUAAAUCGUAUUCAUAUGAAAGUCCGGUUUCUAUGGAAAAUAUAAAUAUUGAACCAAAUUAUGGACAAAAUUUUGGGUUUACUCUCUACAGGACUUCCAUUCCUGUCAGUAAAGUCAUUACAUUUUCUAAAGGUCGAGUCAAUGAUAGGGCAUCCCUUAUGGUUGACAACAAACAAAUAGGUUUUGUAUUUGCAAAAAGUCGUUCAUUCAAUCACACAAUUCCGGGUCAUGUGUUCCGUCGGAAACAAGACAUGAAAUAUAAUUUAGACAUUUUAGUCGAAAAUAUGGGUCGCAUUGGUUUCGGAUCUCUGAUCACUGACAUGAAGAUCCAGAGGAAAGGCUUGAGUGAAGACAUACUGAUCGACAAUAAAGUUCAACACAAUUGGCAAAUAUUUGCCAUUGAUAUGAAACCGCAGUUUAUUAAUGGACUCAAUAAUGAGAAGUGGACUCCGAUUGAAGACUACAAAAGUCCGACGUUUUAUAGGACUCGUCUCGUAAUAGAGGACACACCGGAAGAUACAUACAUUAAGUUAGGCCCCAAUUGGACCACUUCUGUAGUCUUCAUCAAUGGCUUCAAUUUAGGCCGUUAUUGGAGUGUAGGGCCGACACUAACACUAUACCUGCCCUCACAUCUACUCAAACAAGGAGUCAACGAAAUAAUUAUUUUUGAAACUCAGAAAAAUGGGAAACAAAUUGAAUUGACGGACGAACCCAUUCUCGGAUAA